CAUUUCAGAGGAAUAAUAAGUCCGACGACUUCAUAACUGAAGCGGAAUUGUUGAUUAUUUACAGUUCUCAAAAUGCCGCCACCAGUGCAAGUUGCCAAUCUCGAAAUAAAGCCGCCGGCUGUUGGCCACAAUGGCUACCAGGGCUUCAAUCCCCGCACUGAAACUCUCCCGAAGGGCUGGAAUGGCUUCAAAUCCCGCGCCUUGAGUGAAGAUCUUAUUGUCCAUCAUGAUGUGGGCAUCCGUGUCAGAGAUGGCUGCACCUUAUACUGCGACAUUUAUCGACCGGUCACGGAACAGAAGGUUCCUGCAAUUGUCGCAUGGAGCCCGUUCGGCAAGAAGCACAAUGGAAUCAACAUGAUGAAAAAGGUGCGCUGGGGAGUGGGUGUGCCGGAUGGCUGCCUCAGUGGUCUGGAACGCUUUGAGGGUCCAGAUCCAGCCGAGUACUGCCCGCAAGGAUUUGCUAUUGUCAACGUUGAUGCUCGUGGCGCUGGUGACUCAGACGGUUCCAUUGUGAUAAUGGGCUCUCAAGAGGGGGAAGAUGGUCACGACGUUAUUGAAGCUCUGGCAAGGAUGACUUGGUGCAAUGGUAAUAUCGGUCUCGCCGGUAACUCACAUCUGGGAAUCGUGCAGUGGUUUAUCGCAGCCACCCAGCCUCCAUCGUUGAAGGCUAUUGCACCUUGGGAAGCAUGUGGCGACCUCUACCGCGAACAGUUUGUGCGUGGCGGGGCAUGGGAUAGUGGACUCUUUGAUUUGAUCACUCGGGAGACCAUCCGAGGAAAGCAUGGUCUGGAAGAUUUCAAAGAAAUGUUCCGCCGGAGCCAGACAAUCAACGCAUACUGGGAGGAUAAGCGCGCUGAUAUCAACAAGAUUCAGAUACCGACGUAUGUCGUGGCCUCCUACUCCAGCUUCGUUCACACAAUGGGCUCUGUGAGGGGGUGGAUGCAGGUCAAAACUUCGGAAAAAUGGCUGCGGUGGGAUCCGUAUCAGGAGUGGUAUGAUCUAUGGGUUGUAAAGGAAUCCAGGGAUGAACUGGCAUCUUUCUUCUCCAAGUUUCUCAAAGGGGAAGACAACGGAUGGGAGAAAACACCAAGGGUACGCAUGGCCUCCUUGAAUUAUGGAGACGCAUCACCUGAAUACCCGAUCGUCGUCGACAACUUUCCUUUGCCUAACACCGAGUACCGUGAGCUUUUCUUCACCGAAGAACGGACCUUGGCCUCACAGGCACCGUCGAGAGGCGCAACCUUCUCUUAUGACUCGGAAAGCGGGAAGAAUCCAGUUGACUUCGUUGGCUUCACAUACACAUUCUCUGAAAAGACACGAGUGAUGGGGCUACCGAAGGCAGUGCUUCACAUGUCUUGUGAUGACCUAGAUGACAUGAUCGUCUACGUGCUCAUCCGAAAGCUCGAUAGGGAGGGAAAAGAGAUGAUUAACGUCAAUAUUCCUCUCUCGGAUGCGCCAUAUUCGAAGGUCGCAUACAUCCCUCCAGAAGAGUACAGCAAUCUUACCAUCUACUACGGUCCCACUGGAGUACUUAGGGCUUCGCACCGAAAGGUCGAUCAUUCACGUUCCAUUCAUCCCCAAUACCCCUUUCACACCCACUCGGAGGUGCAAAAGAUCCCUCCCGGGACCAUAGUGGAGAUUGAAAUUGGACUCUGGGCUAUGGGGAUUGACUUUGAUGCUGGUGAGUCUUUAAGGGUACAAGUCAGUGGCGAGUAUCCCCUGAUCCGGGAGGCCAAGUACGCCAAGGUGGAACUGGAAACUCGGAAUAGAGGAUUGCACAAGGUUCAUAUAGGUGGAGAGUACCCAUCACGUGUAAUCCUGCCUUUUGUGUCAUAAAGAGCACAUGUAUGAAGUUCAUCUUCUGUAUAUAGUACCUAGUUCUGCUUUCUUAUUAGUAAAUAUUAUAAGUAUGUAU